AUGCAGUGCCAAAGUUCCAUAGACCGCGACCGGUACCCUACCCUACACAGCAAAGUAGACGAAGAACUGGAUCGUUUGCAACAGGAGGGAAUAAUUCGACAAAUUAACAGAAGCGAGUGGGCAUCACCUAUUGUAAUUGUAAGGAAGGCUGACGGGUCGAUACGGGUGUGUGGUGACUACAAAGUUAGUGUGAACCCUUACCUAGAGACGGAAUGCUACCCAAUGCCUAAUCCGCAAGACCUGUUUUCAACCCUAGCAGGGGGAAGAGUCUUUACUCGUUUGGACAUGAAACAGGCAUACCAACAAAUGAAGAUUAGCCCAGACUCUCGGGCAUACUUGACAAUCAAUACUAGCAAGGGACUCUUUGUGUAUACAAGGAUGCCGUUUGGAAUCACAUCUGCACCUGCUAUUUGGCAAAAGGCCAUGGAUGAAAUUUUAGCAGGCAUUCCAGGAUGCAUAUGCUACUUAGAUGACCUACUGGUAGUAGGAGGUAGCCAGGAGGAACAUGACCAGCGGUUAGACAUUGUGUUGGACCGACUGAGUAAGAGAGGUAUUCGACUAAAAGAAGAGAAGUGCACAUUCAACACUUCCGGAAGUGGAGUAUUUGGGGCACCUAAUUAG